AUGAGGUCGCAACUGAUUUUAAUUAUUGGAAUGAUUGAAAUAUCAUUCGCCGAAUUGCAAACGACAACGACCGAGAGAGAAGCCAAUACAGGAGAAAAUGAUGUGGAUCUUGUGCCAACAAUGGAGCAAAUAUUUGAUCCAAAUAUAAAGCUUCUCAAUUCAGGAAAAAUCGAUACGGAUGAAGAAGUUGAUGAAGAUGAACGAGGGGAUAUUAGUCGAGAUAAAAUGCAUGCAGUACGUGAUGUGGCUUAUUUUCUUCGUAGACAUAAAUUUCAUGAUUAUGACAGAAGAUACUACAGAGAUGUUAACGAUGUGUCAAGACGACUGUAUGAGGAAUUCCCAAAGCCGCCACUCAAGAUCUUGCACUGGGAAGUUCACAAGGAGUGUGAAACCAGCUUUGUGCUUUGUCUUAAGUACCUUCAAAGGAUAGCGAGUCUCUCAGCUUUAAGGCGAGAAGACGACACCGUCACGAUUAUGUUGGAACACAAUUGGACCUUGCCUAAUAAUACUCAGCAGAUCAACAUUACCCAAAGUGAAUGCGAGCGGAAGAACAAGUCUGAGGAUCAACUGUUUGAACCCUUUAAGGGGCCAAUAGAGCGAUUUCAGUGGCGCACGUCUGCGAGUUACUACAUGUGCUGGUAUACGAUGCUGCGUACGCCUGAAUUGACCCAUUUUGGAGAACCGUGCGAUAACCAUGCAGAUUGUUUGGGAAUUUAUGGUACCCAUAACAAAGAUCCAAGAGCAGACGACAAAAACCCAUUUGCCUGCGCCAUCUAUAGUUUUUGUCCUGAUGCAUGUUGCCCUAUGAAAUAUUUCACUGAUUGGAAAAAAUGUUUUCAGUCGAAAAAUAAUCCCUGCUAUGUAAAUAAUUCUCCAAAUAAACGUGAAUGCAAGUUAAGUGCAGCGGAGAAUCAGGAUUUUGAGGCUUUGAUGAGAAAUGAAAUAAACGUAACGUGCCAUUGUCAAAAAUCAGGUUACGAAUGGUCGUCUAGAUAUGGAAUUUGCAUCGACGUGGAUGAAUGCACCACUAAUAAACACAAUUGUUCUUUGAGUUCGGGAGAAAGCUGUUUCAAUUUGCCUGGUCAUUUUGACUGUCUCUGUCAGUUCGGUUACAUUUACAAUUCACAAAAGGAAGAAUAUUUAGAGGCUAGGAAAAGAUAG